AUGGCCGGGAGAUCCUGGGGCGCCUCCAGCGGGACCCCGAAAACCAACGUCUGCCUUCUCCUCAACGCCUCGCAGCCGGUACCCGGCGGCGGGGAAGAGCCACGGCCGCGCCCCUCGUGGCUGGCCUGCACGCUCGCCUUCAUCCUCAUCUUCACCGUCGUGGUGGACAUCCUGGGCAACGUCUUGGUCAUCCUGUCGGUGUUUCGCAACAGGAAGCUGCGGAACGCAGGAAACCUAUUUGUGGUGAGCCUGGCAGUCGCCGACCUGGUAGUGGCUAUUUAUCCAUACCCCUUGGUGCUGGCUUCGAUUUUUAACAACGGAUGGAACCUGGGAUAUCUGCACUGCCAAGUUAGUGGUUUCUUGAUGGGCUUGAGCGUUGUUGGCUCAAUAUUUAAUAUCACUGGAAUUGCCAUUAACCGCUACUGUUACAUCUGCCACAGUCUCAAAUAUGACAAGCUGUACAGUAACAAGAAUUCCCUCUGCUACAUACUCCUGAUAUGGAUAUUGACGCUCGUGGCCAUUGUGCCUAAUUUGAGUGUUGGAUCACUGCAGUAUGACCCAAGGGUCUACUCCUGUACCUUUACACAGUCCGUCAGUGCAGCGUAUACGAUCGCCGUGGUGGUUUUCCACUUCAUAGUUCCUAUGAUCAUAGUCACCUUCUGUUACUUAAGAAUCUGGAUCCUUUUUCUUCAGGUCAGAUGGAGGGUGAAACCUGACAUCAAACCCAAACUGAAACCGCAGGAUUUUAGGAACUUUAUCUCCAUGUUUGUGGUUUUUGUUCUUUUUGCCAUUUGUUGGGCUCCAUUAAACAUUAUUGGUCUUGCUGUGGCUUCAUAUCCUGCCAGCUUAGUACCCAGGAUCCCAGAAUGGCUGUUUGUGGCCAGUUACUAUAUGGCAUAUUUCAACAGCUGCCUCAAUGCCAUUAUAUAUGGUCUACUGAACCAGAAUUUCAGGAAAGAAUACAAAAGAAUUAUAGUCUCACUGUGCACUACCAAGACGGUCUUUGUUGAUAGUUCUAAUGAUGUAGCAGAAAGGAUUAAAUGUAAACGCUCUCUAUUAAUGGCCAAAAAUAAUUUAAAGAAUGUGGAAGCUGUUUAA